AAAGUGGAAAUUAGAAUUUUAAGGCUUAGAAAUUUGGCCUUGUUCAGACUGCCACUUAAAAUCCAAUUUUUUGUAUAUACAGAUUGUAUCCAGAUGAGUUUUUAAUAGUCUGGACAGCAAAAGGCACAUGAAAUCAGAUUUUUCCAAAUCUGAUUCAAACCACAUCGGGAGGUGGUUUCAAAUGCGAUUUAAAUCAGAUGCGUCUCAGUCCGGAUGCUCUGGCUGCUCAAUUCGGAUUUAAAAUGGAUUUUUGAUGAUGAUGAUUUCAAAAAUCUGUGACUGCAGCAUGGAACAUCACAAUAUUUACCAGUCUCCUCCAUCGCUGAGUUUUUCUUGUGCGACGGAGGAGUUCUGCACCGCGACUGGACAGGGUGCUUAUUUGGAGAGCGAGAUGACGCACAUCCAUUUUUCCCGAUUUGCCUGCAGUCUGAACAUAGCCUUAGACAUUUUCUCUCAAAAUGAGGAAUGCUAAUUAACAUGGGGUGCUUUCACACUAGCACUUUUGAUGCGCACCUGGGUUUGUUUGAUGUUGAAGUUUGGUACGUUUGGAUUAUGUGAACGCUGUUUUCCGAACUCUAGUGCAAACCUGUGAACCGCACCCAAGUCCGCUUAAAAAGGUGGUCUGGGGUAAGGCUAGGCAAUAUGACGAUAUAUAUUGUGGCUACGAUAUAAAGUGUAUAUCGUUAGAUAUUGAGAAUUACACAGAAAUGUGAAGCGUAUCAUUUUUAAAAGCACUUGCAUGAAUUCGUCUGUUUAAACUUUUGUAUUAUUUGAGCUAAAAGUUGUUUAAAUUCUAAUUUUUACAGUCAUUUUAGGGUUUUAGGGUUUUUGAGAUUACAACGUCAUGACAACAAAGUUUUAAAGUUGGCUAUAACUUUACACAGAAAAGGUUAGUGAGUGAUUUUAUCACACUAAAUCAUGUUUACAUGCAUAUUGAUUGUCUUGUGGCUAUACUUCUGAAAACGUGAGUAUUUUAUCAAAAGAAAAUUGGCCCCUAUUCACUUCCAUUGUAAGUGCCUCACUGUAACCUAAAUUUUUGCUUAAAGAAAUAGAGGGGCAACUUAAAAUCAAUUUUUGUGGUAAUCAACAUUGUGCCACAAAUACUGUCGAUUAAGCUUAACUUGAAUUGAAUUCAGAACAUUCCUUUAAAUUAAGAGCCUGAUCCACACAUUUCGGUGGAUAUUUGUUUUUACUUGUAUAUUAUUUUAUUUUCAUUGCUUUGAGAUGAUGUUGAGUUCCCUGAGGAAAGGUUAUAAUAAUAAUAAUAAUAAUAUUGGUCAACAACAUAUCGGACUGAAAAGUGGCAUAAUGUGAAAUUCAGCAUAAGGUUGAUUUAUAAUCAAGUUGAGUGUUUUGUAUUUUUAUUAGAUUUUUUUACUUUGACUAUGCUUGUCAAAUUCCAAAUAAAGAUUCAAUUCUAAAACAGGAAGUAGUUUUCAUUUAUACGGUAUUAAAUUAACUUUCUGUAUUAUUCAAAAAUAGACAUUAAUAUAUGUUUAUUUACAUAUAAACAUAUUUUUUAUAAGAUUUUGGUCAUAUUGUCCACCCCUAAUCUAAAGUAUGGCUCUUGUGAACUGUAGUACUGUGUGCUGCUGAAAUGAGCGCAGUCGACCCUAACUGCGGAAGUGAACAACUAAUGAUUUUUCAUACCUGCUUGUCUCCAAAUAUAUUGCCUUCAGAGUGAAGCUCACAUUCUUUACAACUCUUGCAAUGCAUCCACAGGCAUCAUUGCACAUUCAAUGCAUCUGUGGCAGACAAACACAAGUGUCGUUCUGUUCAUGUAAAGUUUGGUGGUAAAUCCAAAGAUACAAACGUCAGUACUUCACUUCACACUGUUAAGCUUACGUCUUCUUGAGUUACAGUGGUAAACAGCUGCCGCUUAUAGUCAAGUUCAUGAUGCAAUCGGAAUGCAGUUUGGACCCAACAUUAUGUGACCAGCAGGGGCAGUGGGAGGGGGGAGAAAACUAACUCUGGUUCAGUCCAAGCAAUCGAACCCAAGUGUGAAACCACCCUUGUUGAUUGUGCCAGGGAAAGUAAACUUUUGGGAAUAGUUCACCGGAAAAUAAAAAUUGUCGCGAUUCGCUCUGUUUUUCCAAACCCUUAUGAUUUUCUUUCUUCCAUGGAUCCCAAAAAGAGAUGUUAGGCAGAAUGUUUUCCUCAGUCACCAUUCAAUCUCACGCAAUCUUUUAUUUUUUCAUACAAUGAAAGUGAAUGGUGACUGCUUCUGAUAUUCUGCCUAACAUAUACUUUUGGGUUGUUACAUGGAAGAGAGUCAUACAGGUUUGCAACAACAUGAGGCCUGCCUUAAAUGUUUUGCCUGGCUCCAGUCUAUCAGGAGCUGGUAAUGAUAAGCAUUCUCAAAGCUCUGCCUCUGUGGAAGACAUUGAAAUGGAAAUUGGCCAGUCUAUGCAGAGUAUGGGCAGUCCAUUGCCAGUCAGCAUGCCAGUGUGUGCCACUGGAAGUGAGAUGGAUGAUGUUGAGGCUAAGCCUCUCACCUGUUUAAUCUCACCACCAGUCAUCCCUGUUGAAACCCAUAAGCCAGAGCCUGCACCCAUGCCUCUGCAUAUGCCCCUGGCUAACGGAACCAGGCCCAGUGACUCUUACACAACAACACCAGAGUCUCGCUUGGACUAUGAUACAGAUAUUAUUGGCGAUGAUCUGGAUGAGCUGUUGGACAGAGCAAGUCCAUCGGAGACUUCAUUGGAUAUUCCUACAGUAGAUGGACCUAUCCGUUUACCAACCAGUAUUGCUACCAGUAGUAUGAUGUCGAGUCCUCUGCUCAUGCCUUCCCACCUGAGCAAUCCAUUUCUGAACAUAACUCCACAGUGCACGAUAAAUUUACCUGCUCCCUACCACAAACCAAUUUCAUCAUAUUCUCUUGGUCUGGACACAUUUUCCUCUCCAUUGGACUCAUUGGAUAAUUUGGCAAUUUCAGAGUCUCAGACAGAUAAUCAUUUCAGCCAGCAUCAUUUCAUGUCGAUGGGCAACAGUGACAUGUCAGUGCCAAGCAUUCCGCCCAUUGGGAUGGGUUUCAGCACAUCCGAUGGGACGUACAUGCAGGAUUAUCCGCAGCUAGAUCUUGCCAAGAAUCCUCUUGCUGAUACCCAUGAUUUCAAACAGGCCUGUUCCUCGUGCUAUAUUAAAACCGGACUUGGAGUACUGGAUUACACCUACCAUCCAGAGGACCACAAAUGCAAAAAGGAUUUGCUUUUGGGAAGACUUAAACACACAGAUCUCCCAACAUGGAAGCUUAUUCGUCCCAGACCCACCAAAAACCAAUAUAUGGGGCCUUAUUAUAUUUGCAAAGAUGUAGCAAUGGGACAAGAAUGCAGGUACCUAGGACACUGUACCUUUGCUUACUGCCAAGAGGAAAUUGAUGUGUGGACCCUGGAACGCAAAGGCUUCAUCUGCAGGGAAAACCUUUGUGAUCCUUAUGGAUCGAGGCCUAAGAUAAAUUUGACUGUUCCUAAAAUCCUUUUGGAGCACCACGGGAUAUUUAUGUUCCUCUGUGAGGUGUGCUUUGAUCACAAACCCAGAAUAAUCAGCAAAACCAAUAAGGACAACCCCAGUCUAUGCUCUCACCCUGUGACAAAGCAUGCAUUUGAGGAAAAGAAGUGCCUUGUACACAUUUUGAAGGACAAAACCGUUAGGUACGCCAAAGUCCGUCCCUACCACACUCAUUGCCAGAUGGAUCUGUGUAGGCAUGAGGUGCGAUAUGGGUGUCAGAGAGAGGAUUCCUGCUUUUACUCCCACAGCCUCGUUGAGCUCAAAGUGUGGAUGAUGCAGAGUGAAAAAGGUAUUACACAUGAAAGUAUCGUUCAAGAGUCCCAGAAAUAUUGGAAUAUGGACGCUGCUCCUCAUACCCAGGAGCUCCAUCAAGCCCUGUGCAGAUUUGGCCCACCUAACCUGAAGUUGCAGUUUGUAUGUGCACAGUGUUGGAGAAACGGUCAAGUCAGUGAGCCAGACAAAAACAAAAAGUAUUGCAGUGCCAAGGCUAAGCAUCCUUGGUCUAAAGAAAGACGAGUGGUUCUGGUUAGCUCUGUUGAACGGAAAAAGUGGACAACAGUUCGCCCUCUCCCAACAAAAAAGCCGAUUCCUGCUCAGUUUGAAAUUUGCAUGCAUGUGGCUUCUGGCAAAAAGUGUCAGUACAUUGGAAACUGCACCUUUGCGCACAGUACAGAGGAACGAGAUCUAUGGACCUUCAUGAAGGAUAACAAUAUUUCAGACAUGGAGCAGCUGUAUGAGCUGUGGCUGCAGUCCCAAAAGCCGGGCUGGAGUGAGGAAACCUCCAGCAGUGCUGCCAGAGAGAACAGCAAACAGAUUCAGAUGCCCACAGAUUAUGCUGAGGAAGUGGCUGGCAACCAUUGCUGGUUGUGUGGGAAAAACUGCAACAGCGACAAGCAGUGGCAGCAGCACAUCACCUCUGAGAAGCACAAAGAGCGAGUGUUCAACUCUGAGGACGAUCAGAACUGCUGGCAGUAUCGUUUCCCUACUGGCACCUUCAAAGUCUGCGAGCGGUUCCUCAAGGGCACCUGCACUGAGGAGGAACUUUGUAAGAUGGCACAUGGAGAGGAGGAGUUGAAAGAAUGGAAGGACAGAAGAGAAUUCCUGUUGAUGAAACAUGCCAAAGCCAGAAAAGAUCACUUGAUAGCGCCAAAUGACAAUGACUUUGGCAAAUAUAGUUUUCUGCUUAAAGAUAUUAAGUAAUAUUUUAAUUCAAAGAUUGAUGCAGGGUGUUCUGGAACUAUAAUAUGUCUUGGGCUCAGUAUUGAAUCAGGCAAGCGCGGUGUUGAUCUCUGAGGAGGAGGCAUGUUCCUCCUCCUUGAUUGUCAUGGAAAGCACAGAGCUGGCCUUGUGUUCUGAGUUAUAACUGGCUCUGUUGCUUUUAUGACCAGUUCAAAUGAAUGCACCAUCGCCUUUAAUGUUUUUGUUGUUAAAUAGCAUGGCGGAUCACCUUUCAGGAAGUGGAAUUUGGAUUUUGAUCAUGAAACCCAAGGCAGAAGUGCAGUAUAGGUAUGGAAGGAGAUAAUGAAUAUAUUGAGAUUUAUUUAUUUUUUUCUCUUUCGGUUUUUCAUUCUUGUGUCAUGAUGCUGUUGUUCUACAUUUUCACCAAAUUAGUAUGUUGCAUGAUCACUGUGUUUAUGCCUCUUGGUAUUAUAUGGACCAACAUAAACACAAUAAAGUCUUCAUCUCUUCAGCUUCCAAUGUUUCAGAAAGCAAAACUGUAUCAAGGAAUUUAUACCAUUUAAGUGUAUUAAUAAAGACAUAAAAAGGGACGCUGGUGAAUUAGGUUGAUGUCAAGACAUGUUUUGUCCAUGAGAGGGAGAUAUUGGACAAGACUUUUUCUAGUUAUGCUCCGCUCUAAAAUAUUUAGUCAGCUAGCAAUGGCCUUUCAUGAGUGCAAUUUCUCAAAAAAAUACUUUUUUUAAUCAAUCAUCAGGAUCAUAACAUGAGAAAUACAAUUACACAUUACAAGAAGGCAUUGUACUAUAAAAACAUAUUACUUUUAAUGUCGCCCAAUGCAGAUAAUUAUAUAUUUUUUUAUUACAGUUGAAGUCAGAAGUUUACCAUGCCAAAUACAUCAAACUCAGUUUUACACUAUUCCUGACAUUUAACCAUAGAAAACAUUCCCUGUUUUAGGUCAGUUAGGAUCACUACUUAUUAAGAAUGUGAAAUGUCAGAAUAAUAGUAGAGAGAAUCAUUUAUUUCAGCUUUUAUUACUUUCAUCACAUUCUCAGUGUGUCAGAAGUUUACAUACACUUUGUUAAUAUUUGGUAGCAUUGCCUUUAAAUUGUUUAACUUUGGUUCAAACAUUUUGGACAGCCUUCCACAAGCUUCUCACAAUAAGGUGCUGGAAUUUUGGCCCAUUCCUCCAAACAGAACUGGUGUAACUGAGUCAGGUAUGUAGGCCUCUUUGCUUGCACACACUUUUUCAGAUUGAGGUCAGGGCUUUGUGAUGGCCACUCCUAUACCUUGAUGUUGUCGUCCUUAAGCCAUUUUGCCAGAACUUUGGAGGUAUGCUUGGGGUCAUUGUCCAUUUGGGACUGAGCUUUAACUUCCUGGCUGAUGUCUUGAGAUCUUGCUUAAGUAUAGCCACAUAGUUUUCCUUCCUCAUGAUGUCACCUAUUUUGUGAAGUGCACCAGUCCCUCCAGCAGCAAAGCACCCCCACAACAUGAUCCUGCCACCCCCAUGUUUAACGGUGGGAUGGCUUCCAAGGCUUAAUGAUUUGCCAAAACAAUAGUGUGCUAAUAUUAAAUCUGUAGCGUGGGUAAAAUAUGUUUUAAUGACUUCAACCUUAGUGUAUGUAAACUUCUGACUUCAACUGUAUAGACAUGCUGUAUUCAGAGUUUGGUAUAUUGCUUCUGAAAUUUAAUCUGGUUACAA